CCAGCGCCAGUGACGCGCCGGCCGCUCCCCCUUCCUCUGCAUUCGCUCUAGGGUUUGGGGGCGCUAGGGCGCGGAGUCGUCAGCUCCGAGUCGUAAGCAGUUCUCCGCGUAGCUCCGAGUCCAGUACCGGCGUGCGAGGCAGAAGGACGUGGCAGGCAGGAUGUCGUUUUCAAAAUCCGGGAUGGUGCCUCUGCCUCAUUAACUGCCGUAGGAAGGCUGCUACACCUAGGCGGAUGCUUGCUUAUUGAUCCUGACCGUUAUUCCGACUAACGCCCUGUGUCGUUGAGAAGGGAAUCAUACAUAGAAAGCUGCUUGAUGUGAAUGAAGAUAGAAGAGAGCAAGUUAGUAUAUCUGUUAAGAUGCUUUAGAAAAAGAAUCAUGGAAAAGUAUGUUAGACUACAGAAGAUUGGAGAAGGUUCAUUUGGAAAAGCCAUUCUUGUUAAAUCUACGGAAGAUGGCAGGCAAUAUGUUAUCAAGGAAAUUAACAUCUCAAGAAUGUCCAGUAAAGAAAGGGAAGAAUCAAGGAGAGAAGUUGCAGUAUUGGCAAACAUGAAGCAUCCAAAUAUUGUCCAGUAUAGAGAAUCAUUUGAAGAAAAUGGCUCUCUCUACAUAGUGAUGGAUUACUGUGAAGGAGGCGAUCUGUUUAAACGAAUUAAUGCUCAGAAAGGCAUUCUGUUUCAAGAGGAUCAGAUUUUGGAUUGGUUUGUACAGAUAUGUUUGGCCUUGAAACAUGUACAUGAUCGAAAAAUUCUUCAUCGAGACAUAAAGUCCCAGAAUAUAUUUUUAACCAAAGAUGGGACAAUACAACUUGGAGAUUUUGGAAUUGCUCGAGUACUUAAUAGUACUGUGGAGCUGGCUCGAACUUGCAUAGGGACCCCCUACUACUUAUCACCUGAAAUCUGUGAAAACAAACCUUAUAACAAUAAAAGUGACAUUUGGGCUCUGGGGUGUGUCCUGUAUGAGAUGUGUACACUUAAACAUGCAUUUGAAGCUGGCAAUAUGAAAAACCUGGUACUGAAGAUAAUAUCUGGAUCUUUUCCACCUGUAUCUUUACAUUAUUCUUAUGACCUCCGCAAUUUACUCUCUCAGUUAUUUAAAAGAAAUCCUAGGGAUAGACCAUCAGUCAACUCCAUAUUGGAGAAAGGUUUUAUAGCCAAACGCAUUGAAAAGUUUCUCUCACCUCAGCUUAUUGCAGAAGAAUUUUGUCUAAAAACAUUUUCCAAGUUUGGAGCGCAGCCUGUACCAGCUAAAAGACCAGCUUCAGGACAAAGCUUGGCUUCUUUUGUGUCUGCUCAGAAAAUUACAAAGCCUGCCGCUAAAUAUGGAGUACCUUUAACAUAUAAGAAAUUUGGAGAUAAAAAAUUACAUGAAAAGAAACCACUCCAAAAACAUAAACAGGCCCAUCAAAUCCCAGUGAAGAAAGUGAAUCCUGGAGAAGAAAGGAGGAAAAUGUUUGAGGAAGCAGCAAGAAGGAGAAGGUUGGAAUUUAUUGAAAAAGAAAAGAAACAAAAGGAUCAGAUUAGUUUAAUGAAGGCCGAGCAGAUGAAAAGACAUGAAAAGGAAAGGUUGGAGAGAAUAAAUAGGGCCAGGGAACAAGGAUGGAGAAACGUGCUAAAUACUGGUGGAAGUGGUGAAGUAAAGGGAAGUAUAGGUGGCCUUUAGAAGUUGAUAGUCCCCUUUGGCCAACAACUAGCAAGAAAGUGGUGACCUUAGCAUUAUGGCCACAAGGAAAUGAAUUCUGCCAGGAUCCAGUGAACUUGAAAGAGGAUCCUGAGCCUCAGAUGAGAAUUGCAGUUCUCGCUGAUGCCUUCAUUGCUGCGUGGUGAGAUCCCGACCAGGAGACCCAGCUAACCACAUCCAGACUCCUGAGCCAGGGAAACAGUGAGAUAAUAAAUGGAUAUUGCCUUAAGCUACUAAGUUUGUGGUAAUUUGUUACACAGCAAUAAAGAAAUGAAUAUACUUAUAUUCCUCUGUAUUAUAAUUUUAAUGUAUGUUAUCCAAUCAACUUUUAGUCAGCAUGUCUUUAAAUUGUGAAUUCCCUUGACCCAAGCUCUUAAACUUGGUAUUUAGGUAUUGAAUAGAUUUGUCAAAUUGACUUGAUUACCUUUUUUACUUCUUUUCCCCAAAAGUUAUGAUUUGAAUAAAAGUUUGUUUUAUAUAAAAGAUAUGUGUGUUCUGUCCUGGCUUUCACAUUUUUCAUAUUACAUAUUAAUAAUUCAGUAGAAGUCACUUUUUCUAAUUCUGUAUUAAUAUAUUAUACUGUUUUUAAUAAUAUAAAUUUAUCUUUAAAAUUAUACUUUACCUUUUUUGUGCUGUACUAUCUACUUUACUUGAAAGUAGAGCUCACUACCUCCUGAAUGACAAGGAAUGACUCAAAAUUUGGCCCAUUCUAAAAUAAGUAAUUCCAGGGUGCCUGGGUGGCUCAUUCAUUAAGCAUUUGCCUUCAGCCCAGGCCAUGAUCCCAUUAAGCAUCUGCCUUCGGCCCAGGUCAUUAUCCCAGAAUCCUGGGAUCAAGUCCCUCAUUGGGCUCCCUGUUCAGCUGGGAGCCUGCUUCUCCCUCUCCCACUCCUAACUGCUUGUGUUCCCUCUCUCACUGUCUCUCUCUCUCUGUCAACUAAAUAAAAUCUUCAAAAAUAAAAGUAACUAAUUCCAUAUCUUAUCCGAUUGGAAAGUAAAACUAGGCCCUCAGAUCUUGUCAAGCAUUUUAUAUCAAGUACAUGGUUAGUGUUGAGAAUCUGAUUAUUUUUUCUUCUUUUUUUGCGUAUGUCUUCUAUGCAAUAAAAUGUUUUUUUUUUCCUAUGGUGUCUAAAGCUAUACUUAAUCCUAAAGUCUAGUUCAAUCAAUGUUGUUUGAUAACUGAGACAGUUUUUCAACAGAAUUACAUAGUGUGUGCUUAAUAGAUUUUUGCUUCAUUUUAUAAAUUUCUAUAAUGCUUUCAUUGAGUAUUAAUAAAACUAUUUCCCGUGACUUAAAGCAAAUUCUAUGUUAGUUUCUGUACUUAUUUCCCAUGGGGUUUGAAAUAUUUAACUUUUAGGUUGUUUGAUUUCUGUACAGUUGAUAGGGGCCUGGAGCCUCAGUAUAAUGUCGACCAAAUUAAGGACAUCCCCUAACUAAAGAUUAAACAGAAACUAAACAUUAAGGGAAAGAUUUCAAAAUUAGUACCAUUAUUAUAAACCUCUAAUAAGGCAUUAUUCACAGUAUAAAUUACCAACUGUCUUUGGUUAUUUACUAUUUGCAGAAUCUGGGACUUACUGCUUUAUUUCUGAUGUGUCUUUUAUGAAUUAUGAAUGUGUGUUGUGUUUUAAAUUAUGAAAUGUUCCACAUAGUUGGAUCAUACGGUAAUCAUAAUAUGUAAGAAGCUUAUCUGUUGUUUGAAAAUAUAUGGGAAUACUACUCAGUGAUAAAAAGGAAUAGCCUGUUAAUACAUGCAACAACAUGGAUCAAUCAAAAACAUACUGAGUUAAAGAAGCCAGACAUAAGAGUAUGUUUUGUAUGAUUUCAUUUAUAUGAAAUUACAGAAAAGGCAGUCCAGUCUAUGACAGAGAGCAGAUCAGUGAUUGUUGGAAUGAGGGGAUGUUGACUGCAAAGUAACACGAGGGAACUUUUUGGGGUGAUGGAUAUGCUUUUGAUUGUAGUAGUAGUUAUACAAGUGUAUAUAUUUGUCAAAACUUCUCCAGCUGUGCUUAUAAUUGGUGAAAAAGGUGAUUUUUGAAAGAUCAUAUUGCUUCAGUGUUCUAGUACAGUAUUUUCAGCAUUAUUUUCAGUAUAGCCAUCUUCAGAGAUGUUAGCAUACCUUCAUUUUUGCUAAAGAGAAACACAUUAGACAACUCAAAUUCAGAUCAAUGUGAAAUUAGCACCAGGCUAAGCUCAGAGAGUAGCCAGUCUCAUAGGAGAUGCAACUGCCUUUUAUCUGAAUUCUGAUUCUGAAUCUUGCCUUGGGAGGCACAUUUUGAAGAUGUGUGUGAGGAUUCCUUUAAUGGGGUUUUCUGCCUAAUUAGUUAUCUUCCCUAUUUCUGACAACUUUCAUCUCUUCUCAAACAUCUUUAAUCAGUUAUCUGUAUUCAUCUUGAGUUUUUUUUUUUAAACUCAUGCUUUCUUAUAAUAUUGUCUGCAACUUACUAUGUAAGGAUUUUAGCUCAGAGGGUACACUGAAAUUUACUUGAUUUCAUUUUUCUUUGCCUCUUUUCUUAGCCAGAUUUCUUCCUUAAGAUGUUAUCACUUGGAAGCUCUUCUUUUACUUGUCAGUAUUCUGGCUUCUGUUCUCAUCAUUUCCCCCCCAAAAAUGGUUUUGAAAUGCUACCACUCAACUUUAGUCAUAACAGUUUAUUUUCAGUGUUGUUGACCUCUGCAUUUGAGGUUAUUGAUUUCCUCUUGAUAGUGAAAUUCUUUCACUGUGACUUGUGAAGCAUUACACACUUACUUUUUUUUUAAACAAAUUUUCAUUUGUUUCCAUGAAUUUUUUUAAUUCUUCUUUAAUUUCCUGAUUGACCCAUUCAUUCUUUAGUAGGAUGCUCUUUAGCCCCCAUGUACUUGAGUUCUUUCCGACCUUCCUCUUGUGAUUGAGUUCUAGUUUCAAAGCAUUGUGGUCUGAAAAUAUGCAGGGAAUGAUCCCAAUCUUUUGGUACUGGUUGAGACCUGAUUUGUGACCUAGGAUGUGAUCUAUUCUGGAGAAUGUUCCAUGGGCACUAGAGAAGAAUGUGUAUUCUGUUGCUUUGGGAUGGAAUGUUCUGAAUAUAUCUGUGAAGUCCAUUUGGUCCAGUGUGUCAUUUAAAGUCUUUAUUCCCUUGUUGAUCUUUUGCUUAGAUGAUCUGUCCAUUUCAGUGAGAGCGGUGUUAAAGUCCCCCACUAUUAUUGUAUUGUUGUCCAUGUGUUUCUUUACUUUUGUUAUUAAUUGGCUUAUAUAAGUGGCUGCUCCCAUGUUAGGGGCAUAGAUAUUUACAAUUGUUAGAUCUUCUUGUUGGAUAGACCCUUUAAGUAGGAUAUAGUGUCCUUCCUCAUCUCUUAUUACAGUCUUUGGUUUAAAAUCUAAUUUGUCUGAUAUAAGGAUUGCCACCCCAGCUUUCUUUUGGUGUCCAUUAGCAUGGUAAAUGGUUUUCCACCCCCUCACUUUCAAUCUGGAGGUGUCUUUGGGUCUAAAAUGAGUCUCUUGCAGACAGCAGAUUGAUGGGUCUUGUUUUUUUUUAAUCCAGUCUGAUAGCCUGUAUCUUUUGAUUGGGGUAUUUAACCCAUUUACAUUCAGGGUAACUAUUGAAAGAUACGAAUUUAGUGCCAUUGUAUUGCCUGUAAGGUGACUGUUACUGUAUAUUGUCUGUGUUCCUUUCUGGUCUAUGUUACUUUUAGGCUCUCUCUUUGCUUAGAGGACCCCUUUCAAUAUUUCUUGUAGGGCUGGUUUCGUGUUUGCAAAUUCCUUUAGUUGUUGUUUGUCCUGGAAGCUUUUUAUCUCUCCUAUUUUCACUGACAGCCUAGCUGGAUAUAGUAUUCUUGGCUGCAUAUUUUUCUCAUUUAGUGCUCUGAAUAUAUCAUGCCAGUCCUUUUUGGCCUUCCAGGUCUCUGUGGAUAGGUCUGUUGCCAGUCUAAUGUUUCUAUCAUUGUAGGUUACAGAUCUCUUGUCCUGAGCUGCUUUCUGGAUUUUCUCUUUGUCUGUGAGACUCAUAAGUUUUACUAUUAGAUGUCGGGGUGUUGACCUAUUUUUAUUGAUUUUGAGGGGGGUUCUCUGUGCCUCCUGGAUUUUGAUGCCUGUUUCCUUCCCCAAAUUAGGGAAGUUCUCUGCUAUAAUUUGCUCCAGUAUACCUUCUGUCCCUCUGUCUCUUUCUUCUUCUUCUGGGAUCCCAGGUAUUCUAAUAUUGUUUCAUCUUAUGGUAUCACUUAUCUCUCAAAUUCUGCCCUCGUGAUCCUGUAGUUGUUUAUCUCCUUUUUUUCAGCUUCUUUAUUUUCCAUCAUUUGGUCUUCUGUGUCACUAAUUCUCUCUUCUGCCUCAUUUAUCCUAGCAGUUAGAGCCUCCAUUUUUGAUUGCACCUCAUUAAUAGCCUUUUUGAUUUCCACUUGGUUAGACUUUAGUUCUUUUAUUUCUCCAGAAAGGGUUUCUGUAAUAUCUUCCAUGCUUUUUUCAAGCCCAGCUAGUAUCUUUAAAAUCAUCAUUCUGAGCUCUAGUUCUGACAUCUUACUAAUGUCCAUAUUGAUUAGGUCCCUGGCAGUGGGUACUGCCUCUUGUUCUUUUUGUUGUGAUUUUUUUCCAUCUUCUCAUUUUGUCCAGAGGCAAAUAGAUGAAUGAGAGAACAACAUGCUAACAGGGUAAAAACAACCCCAGAAAAAUAGACACUAAAUAAAUCAGAAGAGACCUGAAACCAGAGGAAAAGAAAGGGAACAAAGGAAAAAAGAAAAAAAAAAAAGAAAAAGAGAAAAAAAACAAAAAAGAAUAUGAUCAGAUAUGAUCAGGCUGGUGAAUAGAUCAGUGCCACACGCUAGAUUUUGGGCGUAUUUGGUCUGUUAGAAAAAACUGCCUCCCAAAAUUUUAAAAAAAGAAAAGCUUAUAUAUGUGCAAAAAUAAGGGUAAAUACGAUGAAGGGAUGGAAUAUGACUGUAAAGCUUAAAAUUAUAAAAGAUUUUAUACAAGGAAUUGACAAGAAGUUUGUUAUGACAAACAAAAUAUAUAUAUAUAUAAAAUAUACAUAUAUAUAUACUAAAAAGGUUAACUACUAUGAAGGGAUAGAAUAUGACUCUAAAAAUGAAAAAUAAAGAAGAUUUUUAAAAAAGGGAUUGAUAAGGGGGCGCCUGGGUGGCUCAGAUGGUUUAGCGUCUGCCUUCGGCUCAGGUCAUGGUCUCAGGGUCCUGGGAUCGAGUCCCGCAUUGGGCUCUCUGCUCCUUGGGAGCCUGCUUCUCCCUCUGCCUCUCUCUCUCUGUCUCUAAAGAAUAGAUAAAUAAAAUUUAAAAAAAAAAAGGGUUUGAUAAGAUGUUGGUUGAAAAAGGGAAAAAGAAAAAUUCAAAAAUAAAAAAUAAAAAGAAAAUUAAAAAAAUUAACUUUGAAGGACUAAAGAAUCAGGGGGAAAAAAGCCACAAAUUCUAUGUGCUGUAUUCCCCUAGUGCUCAAGUUCUGCCAUUCUCAUUGAUCAGUCAACUUGGUCUUGGCUGGCUGUUCUUGCUUAUCUUCUGUCGGAGGGGCAUGUUACAGUGAUUCUCAAAUGUCUUUGCCUGAGGCGGAAUUGCCCAGCCCUUGCUGGGGUCCAGGCUAAAUAAUCUGCUCGGGUUUGCUCU